ACCCACUACGUUUCAAGAUGGCGACCAACUGCACCUAGCAUUUUGUAGCCGUGCUAUCCGAACCACAUAUUAGCUUGACAUCUGCGAGUAUUUUGUUUUCUUUUUAAGUUCUAUUUCGAUACGCACAUUAGCGUUUUUUUUUUUUUACAUCGAUUCGGAAAUGUAUCGUCGCGGGACGUCAAAGAAGGAUCCAAACAACAAACCGGCGACGGAUGCAAGUGACAGUGAAAAAUACGCCGACCUUUUGGUGUUCGGCUACGCCUGUAAAGUGUUCCGAGACGACGAAAGGGCUCUUUACCACGAACAUGGAAAACAUCUUAUCCCAUGGAUGGGGGACAAGCGCAUCAUGAUUGAUAGAUACGAUGGGCGCGGUCACUUACAUGACCUUUCAGAGUAUGACAGUGGAUCGUGGAACACAUCCUACCAGCUGUCGGAGGAAGAAGCCAGAAUCGAGGCGCUCUGCGACGAAGAACGAUAUCUGGCUUUUCGUACCGACCUGCUGGAGGAAGAGGCGAGACAAGAGGAGGAGUACAAACGUCUGAGCGAGGCACUUGCCGACGAAGGCACCUACAACGCCGUGGCCUUCAAGUACACCGCCGAAUACUACGACCCUUCCCAGCCGACCGAGGAAGAGGACGCAAACAAGCGCGCCGUCGAGGCAGAGCCCGAAGAGAAUGAACAACCAUUUGUUGCUCCCCAAGGACUCGAGAUCCCACCUGACGUCGAACUGCCAGCCACCAUCAAAACUCAUAACAUCAUCGAGCGGACGGCCACCUUUGUAAGUCAGCAGGGCGCUCAGUUUGAGAUUGUGCUGAAAGCCAAGCAAUCCGGCAACUCCCAGUUCGACUUUCUCCGCUUUGACCACUACUUGAACCCGUAUUACAAACACAUCUUGAAGGCCAUGAAGGAAGGUCGCUACAACGCGGCCUCCAAUAACAAACAAGAGCAGUCCGAAGAAAACGAUUCUGACGAUUCCGAUGACUACGGGGACGGCAACUACCUUCACCCUAGUUUGUUUGCGCCCAAAAAAUGCUCACGGCUGGAGGAGCUGGUGAAGCCUCUUCAUGUGAUGGACCCAGACCAUCCCCUUGCCGCGUUGGUGCGUAAAGCGAGAGAGGAAAGAAACGGCUUGGCGGCAGUGCAAACGGUUGCAGAGCAAGCGCCCGAUCCCGCCGCGCCCGCCGCAGCGACGCAGUACGCAGCGGACCCAAACGCUUCUGCUGUGUACUACGGCUAUUACAUGCUUCCCGAUGGAACAUACUGCGUAGCCCCGCCUCCCCCAGGAGUCGACGCCAGCGCCUACUACAGCAGCGUAACCUCAUCCGGGAUGACUCCCACGACCGCUUCCGGAGCAUUCCCGCAUCCGGCUAUCUCGGAAAACGUCGGCGCGGCGUCGCAAGCUUCUCAGGUCACGGCGUCUGCUGCUCCUGUUAGCAUUCCGGGAAUCAGCAAUUUCAAGGCUGAAGCUCCAGUUGUCACGGCGGCAGCGGCGCCCGCUAUAAUCCCCCCACCGGUGGACAUCCAGGCCGUCAUCGACAAGCUGGCGGAGUACGUCGUCAGGAACGGGCUCAAAUUCGAAGCCAGCGUCCGUGCCAAGAAUGAUCCGCGGUUUGACUUUCUGCAGUCUUGGCACCAGUACAACCCCUAUUAUGAGUACAAGAAGAAUUACUACAUGCAGAAAGAAGGGAAAAGCUUGUCAGAGAUGGCUGAAGGUGGGAGCCUCCAUUUGGACGAGUCUGCCAGCGAUUCCAAAAUGAACAAAGCUUCUUUUGCACCAAUUUGUUUUGCCAUCAAGCCAAAGGAAAAUGAAAUGCUGUCACUGGAGAAAAACCGAGUGCGGCUGGAUGACGACUCGGAUGAGGACAAGUUGCUCGAAGGGGAGCGGAUCCAAGAAGUGGUCGGUGUUAGCGCCGAACCGGUUGAAAAAGAGCCUCCGCCAGUCAGCGCACCGGAGGAAAAGAGGUGUCUCAGUUUGCAACAAAUGGAGGCAAAACAAGCCAAACAAAAACUGGAGCAUCGUCUAGCAGCUGCAGCCAGAGAGAAGCUGGCGCAGGCAUCCAAAGAGUCCAAAGAGAAACAGCUGCAGGCGGAGAGGAAGAGGAAGGCAGCGCUAUUCCUCCAAACUCUCCGCAACCCAUUAACGGGGGAGCCAGAGGCCAAGAGAGCCCAACUCGACUUAUCCACACAGCUUGAGAUGCAAGAGGCCCUUUCCCUUCUGUCUGAUCUCCCGCUGUCUCAAAUAUCCUCCGCAACAACCACGGACAAAAAGCCUCGCGCCGAAAGCCGAGGAAGCCGUCGAGGCAAGGAGGCGGCGUCCUCGUCGCGCCGCUCUCCAUCCCGAGCCGCAGACAGGGACUCGAAAAAAAGCCGACACCGAGACGGUGAUCGGGAGCGGCGCAGGGAUCGAGAGCGGGAGAGAGACAGGAAUAGGGAGAGGGAAAGAGAAAAAGACAGAAAGAAGAAAAAACACAAAAGGAGGUCACGCUCCAGAUCCUCGUCAAGGCCAAAGAGCAAACACUCGCUUUCCAGUGCCUAUAGGAGGUCGCACAGGUCACGAUCCCGCUCACGCUCCCGAAACAGAAGAGGCCGGGAGGCUCCGUCACCAGAACGGCGACACGAUGUCAAGGAUCGCGAGUCCCAUCAUCACAGCCGCCGCUCCAGCCUGCCGAAGGAGCGUUCCACAUCCAGGUCUCCUCUUGUAAAAAGCAAGAGCUCCCGGUCGUUAGGAAGCAAGAAGACGACAGGUUCCUCUGUUUCUCCUUACCCAUCACCUAAUCGAGCUUUGUCACCAUCAUCAAGCCCCGCCUCCAGCCUGGCUCAGUCCAGGGGUGCCUCUCAGGAGAAAGAGCCUGUGUCCUCUUCUAUAGUAUCUGCUGUUCAAUCCAGAAUUACUCAGGAUCUAAUGGCAAAGGUCCGUGCCAUGCUCGCCUCGUCAAAGGUUUUCCAGACUCCCACCUCCUGAAGACAUCUCGGCCCCGCCUGAUAACCGAUAACACUCAACAAUUUCCAGGGGAUCACUCGGCCGGCGUCUCCCUGAGCUCUUUUUUGUUUAUCUUGGGUUCAUCUUUAUUUGAGAGUCAGAUUGCCUCAAGUCUCGUUUCACCCCCUACAGGAGAUAGUAGUUCGGCAACCAAUUGAGGUCUACAUUUGAUUCCCCCCACACACACACGUAUCAAAUUUGCCCUAAUGUUGGAACUUAUCCAAAGGUUGUGACACUCCUUCUGUGAAGGAUAUUCACUUUUUCCACAUCUGUCACGCGUACUUUUCAGCUCCAGAACGCACCUAUCUAUAGCUAUCAAUUUUAUAUUUCCCAACAGCGCUAGUGUGGCCUUGUCUUUCUCUUCCUGAUCCAAACUGUCAAUAAAGUUGAAGAAAUGUGUCA